AUGAGAGCGCAGAAAUUCCACGGCGAGCGUAGAAAUGUUACUGGUCGCAGAAAUGAUAGACUGCAAGGUCGCCGUAGGAAAUGUGACUGGGGUGUAAGCUCCGGUGUAUUCUGUAAUUUAAAGCCACUUCAGCGCCAUUCUAAUUUCCAUCUUAUGAUAAAGAAUGCAUACGAAUAUGAUGACAUCUAUAUUCCAGAAAUUCUCUUUUUGAGUUUAACAGUAACUAACAUAGCUUCUGUGACUUACAACCGGUUAACAAGAGGUAGAACAAAAGCAGUUAGAGGUAGAAAAUUUCAAGAGCGGAGAUGUCUCAUUAUGAAAGGAAAAUCAGAACUCUAUUUGCUCUUUGGGACACAAACAAAGAUGGGAAAUGGGCAUUUGAAGAUUGGGAGCACGUUGCAGACAAUCUAGUACAAUUUGGUAACCUUGAUGUCGAAUACAUAAAUGCCUUAAAAGAAAAAUGGCAUAAAAUUUGGGAACACUUCCAUCCAUGCCGUGACGAGAAAAGUGAUGCAUACUUAACAGAAGAGCUCCUCGUUACCGCAUUCAAAGGGAUGGCUUCAGCAAAAAAUGGCGCAAAUGAUGAUUCACGAAAAAAAAUAAUUGAUGAUGUUACUCAUUUAUUCUUUGAUGUCGUAGACACCAAUCAUGAUGGAUUCAUAUCAAAGGAGGAAUUCGAGGUUCUGUAUCGUUCUUUUGGUAUACAACCUUAUAAACCUUUUGCCCUGGCAUCUUUUAAACGUAUUGACACCAAUGCGGAUGGCCUGAUUAGUCGAGAUGAGUUCCUGGCUACAUGGGAGGAUUACAUGUUCAAUACAACAGACGCUGACAACGGUAAUAGACUAUGGGGACCCCUGACUGGAGAAACGAUAACAAUCUAAAUUAACAUUCACAGAAUGUCUUCUUGGAACAAACAUGCAGAUCGUAAUUGUGAAAAAAACAUUUACUAGAAUUGGAUGGGAUAUUGCUUCAUUUUGAAACCGCAAAUUGUACAGAACUUGAAUACAACAACAAAAUACGAUUUGAUACGAUAUGUAAAAAAGAUAAAAAGAAAUAAA